AUAAAUAUCACUCUAGGCAUUGCGCGAGUCAAGCCAAUGGCAUAUCGUGCCCUUUCUCCUUUUAUUCUUUUUGGGCUUGUAGAAAUGCUGUCAUGGGGAGUUUACAGUAUCUCCACCCUUUUUCUAUUGCUCCAUAUAGGAGGAGAGGGGGUGAUGAAAGGCGAAGCAGCAUUGUGCCUCCCCAACCAAAGCUUGGCCCUUUUACAAUUCAAGCAAAGUCUAUCCCAAGGGUCGCGGCCAUUGUUAAGCACGUGGAAGAAUGAAUCAGAUUGUUGCGAGUGGGAGGGAAUCUCUUGCGACCGACCAUACCACCGGCUUUGUCACCGGCGUCGAAAUCUGGAAUCUCCGAGUGCAAGUCAGUGAUCCAAACUCUUCCUUAUUUCAACUUUCUCACCUCCAAAGUCUUGAUCUCAGUUACAAUUUGGUCACUGGUUUGAACUUAUCGAGAUUGUCGGAGCUCACUGACCUCGCCGACAUUCGGCUUUCAGUUUGCGACUUAAGCGGUCCCAUUCCUGAAUCCUUCAAACAACUUUCAAGCCUAACCUAUUUAGACCUUAGCCAAAAUGGAUUGAGUGGAGAAAUCCCUCCAAGUCUACUAAACCACCCCACCCUACAGGUUCUAGACCUUAGUGAGAACAAGAAGUUGUAUGGUUCGCUCCCUGAUCCCAUUCCUGAAUCCUUGAAACGAUUGUCAAGCCUAACCAAUUUAGACCUUAGCUUCAAUAGUUUGAGUGGAAAAAUUCCCCCAGGUAUAGUAAAACUCCCCAACCUACGGAAACUGUACCUUUAUGGCAACAAUUUUAGUGGUUCGUUUCCUGAUUUUGGCAAUGAGUUUUCCCCAUUAGUUGAUGUCGAUCUUUCAGAUAACAUGUUGGAUGGGGAGAUUCCUCCUUCCAUAGUUACAAAGUUGCCGCAUCUUGAAGUGUUGAGCAUUGAAGGGAAUAGAUUUAGUGGUACCAUCGACUUCUCCUUAUUCCAAAACUUGAGGAAUCUUUCACAUUUGGACCUUUCUAGGAACAAUUUGACAGUUGAGUUUCCCAAAACUGUUUAUGUCAACAAUCAAACCACAAUUUUUCCCAAUCUCAUAGAAUUAGAAUUGGUGUCUUGCAACAUCAAAGGGGAGUUUCCUUGGUUUCUCCAAAACACAAAGGCCGUUUGGGUACUCGACCUUUCACAGAACAGUAUAAGUGGGAAGCUGCCGACAUGGGUGUGGAAACUAUCAGAACUUUCGUCUUUGGAUCUGUCACAUAACAAGCUCGACGGUUUUGAGGAACCGGUCAAUAUUAAUGGUUCAAAGAACUUGGCUUUUCUUUCUCUGAUGGCAUUGUAUAUGUCGAACAAUAACAUCAAGGGAAAAAUUCCGUCCGCACUCCUCUGUGACAUGUUUACAUUAGCAUAUCUAGACCUAUCCGAAAAUAACCUCACAGGUACCAUACCAGAUUGUUUAGCCAACACGACCAUGUUAGAGUACUUACGCCUCAGCAAGAACCAACUACAGGGUCAGAUUCCAAGAAAACUCAUUUGUGGUUCCCAGUUUUUAAUAUCCAUUGACUUGAGCGACAACCAAUUCACAGGUGAAAUGACAAGAUUGCUCUAUAAUUGUAGCAAUAAUUACUUGGUGGUACUUGACCUGUCAAACAAUAGACUCACAGGUAGUUUGCCAGACAAUUGGCCCACAGCUUUUGAUCAACUUGUGGUGUUGGACUUGAGCAGCAACCAACUACAAGGCCCAAUUCCAGAAGAGUUUAGCAAUUCCUCCACACCAGCUUUACAAGUGUUGAACCUCAAUGACAAUAAAUUGGUUGGCAGGAUUCCAAGGAAUCUUUCUACGUGCAGCAAGUUGACGGUUAUAAAUUUGAGCAACAAUGAGCUGAGUGAUGUUUUUCCCUUUUGGCUUGGCCAUUUGCAUCAAUUGCGUGUGUUGGCAUUACGUUCCAAUAAAUUGCAGGGCUCUCUUAGCUCUCCCUUCUCCAUGCAUGUGUUUUCUUCAUUGUUAAUCCUUGACAUUUCUGGGAACCAAUUGAAGGGACAUCUUCCCUCUGUCUUUUUUCAAAAUUUUAGUUCCAUGAUGAAGAAGCAAACAAAUGUUAGCUCCGAGGGCCUAUCAUACACCACAGACGGGCGAACAUUGGUAUUAAUCAUCAAAGGACAUAUCCAAACAUGGAGGCUGAUUACCAUUUUGACAUGCAUUGAUUUCUCCAACAAUCUUUUCACUGGAAGAAUUCCCGAUGAUAUAGGUGCACUUGACAUGCUCUAUUCGUUGAACUUGUCAAGGAACAACCUGGACGGUCUCAUCCCGAGGUCAUUCGGACAGUUGCAAAACAUGGAGUCACUGGACCUUUCUCAUAACCACUUAUCGGGAAAUAUACCUGAGGAGCUCGCACAUGAUACAUUUCUCUCUACCUUGGACUUGUCAUAUAACAACCUUCAAGGAAGAAUCCCUCAAGGCAAUCAGUUUGACACAUUCAGUGCUAGUUCAUUUGAUGGCAAUCCACGGCUUUGUGGGCCACCACUGCCAAUCUCAUGCCUAGGUAUCAAUAGUGGACCUCAAGACUCCGUUAAUCAUGUCAUGGAAAUGGCCCGAGAUUUGCACUGGGAGUAUUUAGCAACAGGGAUUGGCUACGCAUUGGGUUUCUUGACAACCAUUCUGCCCAUCUUGUUUAUUCAAAAAGUGGGGACUUGGUUUUGUGUUCAUGUGGAAAGGGCAUUUGAGGCCUGCAUUAAUAUUCCUACUCUAUCAUCGAUGUUCAGAAGAGCAUGACAUAUUAUAUUGCAAUCACUGGACUUUUGUUUGUUGUAAUGUUUGUUUGUCAAGCUACUUGAAGUAAGAAGGGUGAGAUAAAUUUUGUGGACUGUAUGUGGUUUGGGAGAAAAUCAGAGUGCAAGUUGAUAACAAGCUUGAGGCCUCGUUGGUGA